ACUGACUGAGCCACCCAGGCGCCCCUCUACUGAGCUUUAUAAAGACGAAGAAACUGAGGCUGGGGGAGGAGGUUGCCCAAGGUCACAAUCUGUAAAACGCAGGAGUUUGAGUGGAUCCUCUUUGCCGUCCCUGAUUCUCUGUCAUAGCUGUGUGGCUUCAGACAAGUCACUGCCCCUCUCUGAGCCUCUGUCUCCGGCAUUUGGGCAACUGGAUCACAGAGGGCAUCUGAGGGUCAGAAGGUGUCUUAGUUCCCCGUGGCCGCUGUAACACAUUUAUUCUCUCAGAGUUUUAGAGGCUAGAAGUCUGAAAUCAAGGGGUCGGCAGGGCCACGCUUCCUCUGAAGGCUCCAGGGGAGGAUCCUUUCUUGUCUAUUCCAGCUUCCGGUGGUUGCAGUUCGUGGCGGUCCUUGGUUGUGGUUGCACCUCUCCCCUCUCUGCCUCUUUCCUCACAGAGCCUUCACCUCUGUGUGUGUGUCUCUGGGUCCACUUUUCCCUUUGCUUAUAAGGAUGCCAGGCGUAUUGGAUUUAAGGUCUACCCUAAACAAAUCUUGAUUACAUCUGCAAAGACCCCAUCUCCAGAUAGGUCAUGUCCACGGGUGUCAGGUGGCCAUAACUUUUUGGGAGACACCGUUCAAGCUGGUACAGAUAGGCUGCAGGAUGUGAAUGCCACGGGUGGGGUCAAGUGUGGCGGGGAUGAUGCUGUCCCCUCCCUCCCCUCUCAGGGGAGCUCUGUGGCCCAGAGACCUUCCCAACCCACUUUCUGCUUCUCCACUCAUCCCAUCCCUGCCCGCUCUUUCCUCCUUCACCAGAGACCACCCAGUCCAAAUCUCUUAUAUUAAUGAUGGGGGAACCUUUCCCAGCUCAGUGCCCUCGAGUGUGCAGAGGGGGAGUGCGACCUUUGGCGUGUGAGUGGGACCCACCAGCAGAAGGGCUCUGGGCAUGCGUGUGAUGGGCUUUUUAUGGAAUGCUUCUCGGUUGGCACAGGGAAAAUUUGAGAUGACGAACAUGGACAUGAAGUUGGGGACCACCCUGAAGAUCAAGGGCAAGAUUGCCAGUGAUGCUGAUGGAUUUGUGAUUAAUCUGGGCCAGGGGUCAGAGAAGCUGAACCUGCAUUUCAACCCACGCUUCCGUGAUUCCGCCAUCAUCUGCAACACACGGGAUGGCAACUGGGGGCAGGAGCAGCGGGAAGGUCACAUGUGCUUCAGCCCAGGGUCAGAGGUCAAGAUCACCGUGACCUUUGGGAAUGACGGAUUUGAAGUGAAGCUGCCAGAUGGGCACCAGCUGACCUUUCCCAACAGGCUGGGCCACAGCCAUCUGAGCUACCUGAGUGUGCAGGGCGGCUUGAAUGUCUCCUCCUUCAAGAUUGACUAAGUGGAUAGCACCUCACCAGAGUGAAGACCCCGGGUACAGAUGCCCUCUCCAGAGCCUCUCUACCCAGUCACACAGGACCAGCAGCCGCCCAGCAGUUCCUGCCCCUGGGACCCUACUCUCCUCCACUAAAGCGAAGAACAAACAAAAAGAACCCGCCUUUAUCCAGUCUUUCUGUGGCCGGUGUUUUCCAUACAUUGUCAUGCCCCCAGCAUCCUCAUGAUACAGAGAAGGAAACUGAGGCACGAGAUCACAGGGCUUCGAAGUGGGGGUUGGGAUGUGCUCCCAAACACGUCCAAGCACCCGCGGCUGCCCUGUGGGACUGCGGGGCAGGCACUGGUUGCAGGCACCUGGGCCAGGGGCUGUUCCAGGAACUGUAGAUAAGGCUCCCACCUGGGCCUCUUUAUCGCUGGAACGUUCAUUCCAGCCUGGUUACUCAUUACCCCCUGCCUCGGCCCCUCCCCUCACUGGGGGCC